CACAGUUGCUCAAAGUUCAAUCUGAGCUUGAUAUGAAAACUGAUGAGGCAAUGUUAUUGAAAGAAAAUAUUGAAUCAUUGAAGAGUGUAAACAAUGAACAGAGAAAAAAGAUUGAAGAGUUUAAUGAAAAACUCAAAGAUGCCCGUGAUGAUCAAAUCAAAGCAGAAUUCCAGUUUCAGCAAGAAUUACAAUCACAAACAAAGUUAGUAAAUCUGUACAAGGGUUUAUCUGAAGACUCUGAGAAUAAGAUUAAGGAACUGUCGCGUGCUGUAUCUGAAUUGCAGAAUCUUUUAAGAGAAGCAUCAGAAGGCCGAAGCAAACUAGAAGCAAUGAAGGAUAUGGAAAAAAGCAAGUUUUUACAGCAACUGGAAGAAAAAGAUAAAAAGACCAAAAAUCUUGAAAAUGAACUUCGUAAUGCCAAUGAUCUUCUCUCAAAAUCAAAACUGUGUGGUACAGAAAUGUCUGCUGAAAGUAUAGCAUCAGUUUCGCCUACAGCUGCAGCAACGAGUAAACUACUCAAGUCUGGUAUGACACUGACACAGAUCUACAAUGAAUAUGUUCAAGCCAUUGAAGAAUUACAGCUAGAGAAGGAAGAAAACAAAAGGUUGAAGAGUUACUUGGAUCAGAUUAUGCAAGAAAUUGAAGAAAAAGCCCCUAUCUUAAGGCAGCAGCGAGAAGAUUAUGAGCAAGCCUUACAUACUAUAACACAGCUUACACACAAAUUGGAUACUGCUAUGUUGGAAGGACAAAAGCUUCGUAGUGAGACUGAGGAAACGCGUAGACGUAUGACAUAUUCUCAGAGAGAAAUAAAAAGGCUGACACAACAAUCAACAGACUUGGGACAACAGGUUCAGUUUUUGCUGCGUGAAGUUGAAGAAUUACGAGGUGGACAUAUUGUUGCUAAUGAAGAAGUUUCUUCUACUGAGGUGACAAGUUCUUCACAACUUAUUUCUGAGAGAUUGGUCACAUUUAAAAGUGUCCAAGAGUUGCAAGUACAGAACCAGCGUCUUUUGGAAGUGGUUAGAAAACUUAGUGAAGACCGUGAAACAGAAGAACAAGCUGCAACGGAUGCAAAGUCACAAGAGUUAAAGCAGAGUCUUGAUAAUGCAAUGGAGGAGCUGGAAGAACUUAAAACCUCCAGAACUCGUCAAGAAGAAUUAGUGGAAUCCAUUAUUCGACAAAGAGAUAUGUACCGAGUUCUGUAUCAGGAAUCUACUCAGGUUUCAAAUGUCCAGACAGCAACACCAGUACGAGGACAUGGCCGAGGCAGUUACAGGGCACGUGGAAAGUACCAGCAGACUCCUCAGAGCAUGCCUGCUACCCCUUUUAACCCUUUUAGUCCUAAUAAGGACAAAGAACUGGAAGACAUGAAGAUGGCCCUCCAAGAACUGCAAACAGAGUAUGCCACUUACAAACGAGAGAAGGGGGAGAAUGACAAGAUACUGAAUGGUCAGCUUGAAAAAUUACGGGGAGACAUUUCUGACAUGAGAGUUCAGAACACAAAACUUGCUUCACAGCUUGAUUUUGCAACUGAACGCUACAAAGUUUUGCAGAAUAACUCUGAGUGUUACCGUAAAGAGAUCAACAUCCUUAAAGAGCAAAAUAAGAAGUGCUCUAUGCAGUGUGUAGAUUUAGAGAAAAAUGUUAGCGUCUUGCACUCGGAUUUGGUAACAGCUCAGUCAAAUGUGUCUCGACUUCAAGUCCGUUGUCAAAACCUGACAACUGAACGUGAUCUAUUAAAAGCGAAUGAACAACGACUUGUUCAAGAGAAGGAGAACAUGUUGAAAGAACAACACAGCCAAAAUGUAUUAUUAUCCAACUUACAAACUAUUCAGAAUAACAUGGAAAGAGUUGAAAAUGAAACCAAAUCUCGGCUGCAACAUCAAGUUGAUGUUAGAGAGAAAGAAUUGACUAAUUUAAGAAGAAAGAUGGAUAAUACAGAAACUGAGUUUAAAGCAACCAUUAAAGCCUUAGAGACCAAAAUGAACAACCUACACCGUCAGUUGGACCAAGAAGUUCAGUCUCACCAAAAGUCUAAAGACACAAUUAUUGAAAUGACACGUCGAGUAAAUACUCAGAAACAGGAAUUGGCAGCUACACAGGCAAAACUCGCAUGUGCGGAAACUAAACUAUCUAAAUCAUACGGCAGCAUGGAAGUGAGUAGCAAUACAACUUCAUUACAAUUUAAUAUUGAUGGAGAAUCAUUAGCAGUGAAGGAUUUGCGGUCUCGCUUGAAUGACUCACAGACUGAAAUAAAAGGUUUGAAAGAACAGUUGGAAAAGAGUCGAAAACAUGUAGAUCAGUACAAAGCUAUCUCUGAAAGCCUGGAAAAUAGUUUAAAAGAUCAGAACAAGGCAAGUGAAAAUUUCAACCAAAAUGCUGAAAAGAAGUUGGAAACUCUCAAAGAAGCUAAUGAAAGCAAAGACAAAAUAAUUGAAAAGCUGGAGAAAGAGAAACAGUACUUGAAUGAAGACAAUACAAAAUUAUCAGAGGAGAAACACAAAAUGGUUUCUGACCUUCGUAAGCAACUCUCAAAUCUCCAGAAUGAACUACAGGAAGCUAUCCAGAGCCGAAAGACAGCCAUAAGUAAUGAGCAAGCUGCUCGGGAAGGAUAUGAGAACCAGAUUAAAUUGGCUGCAGAGGCUCAGGACAAAUAUCAGAGGGAACUUAUAUUGCAUGCUGCAGAUAUGGAAGCUCUAUCAGCAUUGAAGAAGAAUUCAGCAGAUUUUACAAAUAAAUUAGAAACUGCCAAAAAAGAGGGAGAGCAAAACUUAAAAACAUUGAAUGAGGCAAAAGCAUCAUGGGCUGAACAAGAAAGAAUAUUGAAGAGUGAAAUCAGCCAGAUUGAAGGACGUUGCAGUGAUCUUGUUCACCAAAAUAAUAUUUUACAUGAACAACUUGCACAGUUAUCUGUGCAAGUAGCUCAUAUUCAAAAGUCAGCUGAGGCUUCCAGUAUCCUUAAUACUUCUCUGGAGGAGAAAGAAAAAUCGUCUGAACAACUCCUUGAGGUCAUCAGAUUUUUGCGGAAGGAAAAAGAAAUUUCUGUUGCUCGUGUCGAAGUUGCUGAGGCUGAAGUGUUGCGUAUGAAGCAGCGUCUUGAAAGUCUCCAGAAACAGUAUGAAGAGACCUGCAAGAAUCUUUCUGAAGAAAGGGAACAUUCACAGGUCAAUGUGCACUCAGCCGCACAACAUGCCGAGCUAAUGCGUAAAGUGGAGAAUUUGAAUGUGUUUACAGAAAGUAAUGCAAUGCUGAGACAAGAGAAAGAAAGACUGGAACAGCAGGUGAAAGAAUUGACUUUUAAGGUUAAGAAAUUAGAAGAAGAUAUUGAUCCAUUGCUGUUAAAUUUGCGAGAAUUAACUUACCAGAAAGAAAACUUGGCAACUGAGAAAAAUAACCUAAGUGGAGAAGUUGAGAGAUGGAAAGCUCGAACAAAUCGACUUAUUGAGCAAUGUAACAAGUCUGAUCCUGAAGAACACCGCAAGAUUGUACAAGAGCGUGAAGAUUUGAAGAAGCAAAUGAUGGUUCUUAAUGAAGAAAAUAUGAAGAAGAAAGCUGAACUUUCCCGGCUUAAUGCAAGUAUGAUGCGAGAUCUAAAUGCUGCUAAAGUAGAAAUUGGAAAGAAAGACAUGGAAAUUGAAAAUCUACACACCCAAAUUGAGCAAAUGGCCCAGGAUAAUGGAGUGAAAGAGAAAGACUUGGAGGAUAAGGCCAAAACAAUAUCUCAGCUGAAGAAAAUUGGACGUAAGUAUAAAGAACAAGCUGAAGACACUGCCAAGCAGUUGAACGAACUGAGAGAUAUGCACCUAAGUAGUAGUAAUGCAGAUACCAGUAAACCUGACCAGAUGACAGCUGAUACUAAUGAAGCUAUGGAACAGUUGAAGAAAAAGACAGAGGAAGCUGAGCGAAAAUUGAAAGAAGUUGAAGAAAUUAAGGCUUCAUUCCAAGAACAAAUUAAUAAAUUGGAACAGCAAUUGAAUGAGUCAAAAGAAAAUGAGACUCAACUGAAAACUAAAACCCAAGAGAUGGAGACUACCCAGAAUAGAUAUAAGAACCUCCUCCAGAGUGCUAAAACCAGGUUGACCAGUCAGAAAGAACAACUGGAGAAGAUGACUGCUGAAAUGAAUGAACAAAAGAAGUUGCUGGAAAAUAUGGAUAAGGCUAAAACUGAAAGUGUGAUGCGAGAGAACAGUAUUAAGAGUCAAUAUGAGAGUCGUAUUAACAGCCUUGAGAGAGAGUUGGAAGAAGCAAGACGAGCUGUUAGUGCUGCUCCAGCUGCCGGUGACUUAAAACAGAUCCAGAAAGAAAAUGCUGAACUGCAAGCUAAGGUACAACAAAUCCAAAAGCAACUAGAGGUGAAACAGAAACAGCAACCACCAUCAUCGAGAACAACAACACCUGCUGCAUCUGCUGAUAGACUCAGCCUCCCUGUGGGUGAAGCUCCUAAGAUGGCCAACAUAAGGCCAAUGACCUCAACAACACCAGCUCCUGUGAGGCAGACAGCUGUCCAGCAUGCAUCUGCUGCCGCUGCUGCAAAAGCAACUGCAAGUAUAAAACCCAUGGCAAUUGCUUCCACCACAGCUAGUCCAGUUUCUGCCACAACACCAACAGCCACUGUUAUGCCAACCACCAUUACAGCUCAAGAACCUCAUGAUGGUGUUACAGAUAGUCCCCCUUCAGCCAUUAAUCAACUUAGUAGUACAUCAGUGCCUUUGACUAAUCGACCAGUUCAGCAGAUCCAGCGUGUUACUCCUCAAAUUGAGUUGAUGCAAGAGUCUUCUUUGUCUGUAACACCAACGUCAGUGGCACCAAUUCAGCAGGUGGACGUGGAAUAUCCUUCAAUGUUGGUGAUAGCAAGUACUUCUACUGUGACAUCAACACCUGGUUCAGUUGUUUUAGUAUCUUCAUCCUCAAGCACGUCCACUAACUCCUCACUGUCUGUCACUUCGAACUUGAGCAGUCAAGAAGGGGAAGGCAGCGAUAUUCAACAAUCAGCUGUUUCUGCAGGGAAUGGCCAGGGUCAGUCCCAACACUCACAAGCAUCAGCGUCUCAGUCUACCAUUAAAAGAACACGAGAGGAUAUUGAAGCACAAGAAGAUAACAGUCAAGUAAAACGUUCAAAAACAAAUCAAGUCCCCUCUGCUAGUUCUAUACCUGUGAUUACUGUAACUGAUGGCCAAAAUCAUACCAUUAUUUUAGAAUCUGGUGAUUCUCAGAAAGGACAGGAGUCAACUUUGGAUUUGGAUUCUGGACAAACCAUGCAAGCUAGUGAGCUGGAUGUGGACAUACCUGAUGAGGAUGAUGAUGUUGAUAUUCAUGAUGGUGAUGACGAUGAUGAUAAUGAUAGUGGCGAAAACGAGGAUGUUAUUGAUGACAGUUUUCCCAGUACUCUGGAGCUAACCCAGCCAUAUACAACUUCUGCUUCAGUUGAUGAUGAUGUUGUUAUUGUCGAUGAUGAUAAUACUGAUGAAGACAAUGAUAAUGAUGGCGGUAAUGAUGGCAAUACACAAAUUGAUUCCCCAAAUGAUGACCCCCAGCAAACAUCAACUCAGGAACAGCCAACUAGUUGUCAGGUAACCAGUAGUCCCGGGACUGUCAGUUCUGGCCAACAUUCCUCAUCUCAACUGACUUCAAUUGGGACACACACAGAACGGCUAACACCCAGUGCAGGGAGUGGAGGAAGAUCACAACUAAUUCCUUUUAUGUUUCAGGGACCACCUGGACCUUUUGAUGAAGGAGAUGACUGCACUGUUCCCAGCACACCAACACUUUUUGUUCCUCGUCGUGGUGAUGGCUUUGCAGAAGCUUUAAGCUAUCCACAAGUGCCUCAACGCUUUGUCUUUGGAACAGGAGAAGGAGUCAGCCACUCUGAGCUAGAAUCACAGGGAGCUUUGGGCAUGGAUGAUACUCGCAUGGACCUUUCGCAGUUUGAUGAUGGUCAAGUCCGUAACUUACCUUUCACAUCUCAUCAAGUGACUACUUCUGGUGGCUCUGCAACUGUGGUUUUCAGUAACUUUGCUGUAAGCUCCACCCCUCCCCAACAGCUAUUACAAGGAGACAGUACAAAUAAGGAACUACCAUCUGCAAAAGAGGGGACCAGUUCUGCCUCAUCAACUGACACCCCAAAAGAAGAUGUAGUUACAGAAGAAAUGGCUUCCAGGACUGUCCGUGAGGGUCAGGCUGCUUCUACAUCUGGUGAACAAGGUUUACCAUCAGCUUCUGAAGAUGACGGUGGCAGCAGUACCGAUCCUCAAGGUUUGCGCAAAAGUAAAAUUCAACCAAUUGUGUGGGACCAGUCUCCUGGAGCAAGUCAGCAACACCAAGUACCUGCUACACCACUUCAACAGAAUCCAACCUCAUCCAGUACAAUUUCUACACCAAGUACAAGUGCUGGUUUAUCAUCAGGAAAAGGACGUGAAGAAUUUGUUUGGGCAUCUAACCCCACACCUACCCCUAGCACUAACCCCAGCCCAGCUUCAGCUACAUCCACUUCUCGUGGUAGUAUGAUAUAUAGUACACGGGGUGUACGCUGUGCUACAAGAGGCAGAGGUGCUAUAAUGCGUGGCCAUCCAACCCGAAGUCCAAUAGCAAGAGGUCACGUAGGAAGAUCCCGGGGACCUUCUCGAACCCCUGGGGUUCGAGGUCGAAGUCUUCGACGAAAGAACUAGUGACACCUAACCAAUCCUUUCUCAAUCCAUUCAAGUGUCAUUUGUAUAUUUCCCUGCCAUAAGAAAUAUUUCUGCUUUACUGCUCUGUAAACUAUUACUGAUGAAAUAUUUGUAAAAUAAAUAUAAUUCUAGAUUUUAAUAA